AUGAUAGAAAUGUUCAAGAAAGUCGAGGUAACCAUCCCCCUCUUUGAUGCUAUCCAUCAAGUUCCUAGAUAUGCAAAAUUCCUAAAAGAUCUAUGCAUGAACAAGGAUAGAAUUCUUGAAUUGGAAACCAUCCCAUUGGGGAGUUCUAUUUCCGCUUUAAUGGGAGUAUUACCCGAGAAAUGUGAUGACCCGGGCCCUUGUAUGGUCACUUGCACCGUCAAUGGAGUUCGAUCCCUAGAUUGUAUGUGUGAUCUCGGUGCAUGUGUUAGCAUUAUGCCGCUCUCCGUCUACCAAGUAUUGAAGUUACCACCACUAAAGAGGUCGGCAGCGAGAUUUGUCCUAGCGGAUAAAAGCAUAAUAACCGUGGCGGGUGUGGCGGAAGAUGUAUUGGUGAAUAUCAAAGUGUUGGUGUUUCCGAUUGACUUCUAUGUCCUUGGGAUGCCAUCAAAUGAACCCGAGAGAGCAUCAUCUAUCUUACUUGGAAGACCAUUUUUGAGAACUUUUAGAUUUAAGCUAGAUGCCUACUCGGGAACCUACUCAUUUGAGAUAGAUGGGAGAGUCGUGAGUUUUAGCCUAGAAGAAGCAAUGAAGCAUCCACCAGAAAAUCACUCUCUAUUCCGGUGUGACCCAAUCGACAACAUCGUUGCCGAAGUGCACCUUGCAAAGUUGGAUGAGAAGUACAUGAUUGAAGAAGCAAAUGAAGAUCCAAGCAAACUAAACACCACACACCAUACAAACCAUUGA